GAAUGCCGUCAUCCUUCUGCAUGGCCUUGGGGGUGUCUAACACCCACCUGCUACCAGGGAGACUCCUAUUUUCCCAGCUCCCUGGGCCCAGAAUGUGAGGUUCUCCUGGGAGAAGGAAGACACCCGGCUCCAACCCAACAAGAACCGUUCCGAUCGCUCCAGUAGAGUUGUGAGCCAGUCAGUAGGAGGGGGCACAGCGAGGUCCUUCCUCCGAGGCAGGGUGGCCUGCGGACGCGGACCAGGACCCGAAUCCGGCACGGCGGAAACCACUCAACGGCCCUGCCUCCCACUGAGCGGACAGGGGUCCAGGCAAACCACACGCAGAAAGAGGAACCCAAGGUGGAGAUUAACAAAAGGGGCAGGAGACGGACAGCUGGAGCUAACAAGACUUCCUGUGAAGCGAGUGAUAACAGGGCCGGGCCACGCUCUGGGGACGAUGCUCGGCUGAUAGGAGACUGAGCAUUUCUCAAAAGGCCGACCUGGGAGAGAAUUCUUCACACACACACAGAGAGGGAGACAGCCACAGGGGCGUCUUGGUGCUGCUGGUCACCCACAAAAUUCCGCCGGGUGCCUCCAGGACCGCCGGGGACUUGAUUCGGGGUGUUCACUGUACAGAAUUGUCUAGGAGCCCCGGAAAACAGCACCUUCGAAAAGCCCCUGAAACAGCCCACGAGAGACCCACGAAGUUGGCCAGCCAGUCCAGCGUGGGUCUGGUCAUGGUGUUUCUGUGGGAUUUCGCAAGCCUCCUGGUGCUCCUGAGCUCGGCGUGCUGUGAAGACACACCCCUGGCAAAGGAGAACGUAUCUCCCGUGAUAAACAGGAAGCUAGAUCCAAUGAAAAAGAUAUUAACCUGGAGUUGUCGGGGAAAUGUGACGGAGCAAGAAUGCACAAUCGACACCCCGCCCAAAUCUUCCACCAGGCAGGUCCCGCAGGUCCGAGAAGACAACACCUACUUCUGCUGGUUUCGCAACGCCGUCCUGCACCGAGGCGCCACCCUGACCGUGACGGGGACCAGUGACGGGGACGCGUUUCAGGACGUCUUGCACUUUCAGAACCCAGGCAGGGAAGGCUCCGGGGCGGUGAACUUCUCCUGCCUCAUUUACAACGUGCAUUUCAUGAAGUGCAGCUGGCGGCCCGGCCCCGCCGCCCCCGCCGACGUCCAGUACCGCCUGUACGGCUGGACCUCCAGGCAUGACCAGGAGGUCGAAUGCCCCCGUUACAUCCAGGACGCGAGGGGGACACGGGUGGGCUGUCAUUUCGACGAGGCUGUGCGACCCCAGAUGACGGACGCUUACUCCUUCUGGCUGAACGGAACCAGCAACGAGGCCGCCAUCCAGUUUUCGGACUUCCGUCCGUUCAAAGCCGUUCAAAUCGAGAAGUACAACCCCCCGGCCAACCUCACGAUUCGCGACAACGGAUCCCAUCACAUUGUCCGGUGGGCCCCCCCUAAGACGAGAUUCGAGGUGUCGAGUCAGGUCCUGUGUUACGAACUGGACGUCCAAACAGAGGGCAGCCCAUCCAGGAUGGACCCCGUUGUUCUGCGGGGAAGCGAGGAGAAUGUCUACGUGAUACCCAGCUCGUCCGCGGACGCCCAGCGCACCGUCCGAGCCCGGGUGAAGUUCCUGCGCGGCGAGCUGUGGAGUGAGUGGACCCCCACCGUGCGUUUCCGCACGGGGGAGCAGGACGGCAGCAGCGGCUCCACUCUGGGGCUCGUGGGGCUGGUGGCGGGGACAGCGGCAUUGGUGUUCACCAUGCUGAUGUUCUUCUGCACGAAGUUCCCCCUGAGACACCUGCUGUUCCCGCCCGUGCCGCAGGCGAACAGGGAGGUGAUGGGGACCUUCGUGCCCUUCCCGGAGAUGGCCUGGGACAGGGACAACCCACCUCUGAGCGUGCAGGACCCCGAGGACAUUCUCGCAGUGGAGGAGACGCAGUCCUUUGCGAGCAGACAAGCAAAAUCCGGGGACCCAGCGCCUCCCAAGCACACUUCCGAAAACGUCAGUCCUGAGAGCUGUCCCCUCAGUGUGUCAGAUUGAGCCGUGACUCGAAAUGUCACCAUCCAAUCUGGGCCCGUGCCUUUUCUA